AUGGGGUCGCCGGAUCAAUCUUCGGCAAGCAAGUCUGAUUCGCAAGUGACCGAUGCAAACACUGCCAGCACAAAGUCAAGAGCGUCUGAGGGAAGCAAGGGACGAGGUUUGGAAGAUGAUCCUCCGAGCGAUGCGGAAACUGUCUCCAGUGCAAGCUCAAGAAACCCAAGAUCCAGAAUGACCACCCCCUUCAUGUCAGCUGUUGAUUGGGGCUACGAAGUGAGCGUCCCUUCAAAGGAGGCGGGCGAUAGCGUACCAAGCUCUAACCGACGCCGGAGGUCCAAACCCUCGACCUUGGAGCCAUAUUCUUCCGCAACCGAUCGCAACCUCGUGAAGCAGGUCAGCAUUGAGUCCAGCAUUGAACGAGAGAUUACCGAGCGCGUCAAGCUAAAUGCCCAGCGCCAAGCACGGGAGGAACGCUUAGUGCAAGUGGGCAGUGCGGAUGCAAAUGUGCCACUGGCCCUUGAAAGGUGCUCAUCGGCGGAUGGUGGAAAUCCAGAAGCUGACCUUGCAAACCACAUUGUUCCGGAUGCCGUGAAGGAUACAGAGUUGCUUCGAAACACAUUGCGCAACUUGGCUUUCUUUGAGACCUUUGACGAUGAUGCGCUCCAUUGCUUGAUCGAGGCAAUGGAAGUCUACGAGUUCCAGCACAGUGAGAAAGUUGUACGUCAGGGUGACACCGAUGGUACGCACUUCUUUGUUGUGGCACAGGGUGAGUUUUGUGUCCUCAAGGACAAUAACCCGCACUGUUACAUUGGACCUGGGACAUCUUUUGGUGAGAGUGUGCUGCUGCUCUUCGGUGAGCGGAAUGCCACUGUUUGUGCGAGAGGAUGUGCCCGUGCGUAUGGCAUGGAGGGUAUGCAGGUCCGGGAGUUGCUGAGCAAGCAAUACGAGCAAAUGAGACGCUCGGUCGUUGAAGCCACGGAUGAGGUGCUGAAAUCCAAUCUCUGUGAGAUUCUGUCUGGCCUCAAUGGAUAUGAGCUUCAAAGCUUGUACGACCAGGUUGAGAUGAGAAGUUUCGAGCAAGGAGAUAUCAUCUUGAGCGAGGGAGAUUCUCCCAAGGAGGUCCUAAUUCUUUACAGUGGCCAAGUGGAGUCAUGGAAGGGCGCGCAGGACGUGGAAAGCGUUCCAAGGUUCCAUUUGAUGGGAGACUACGCCCUGCCUUUCAAGGAGGAGGAACUUCCUUUCGAGCAACCCACAAGUCUGGGAGCUGUGACGCCUGUGGAGGUGCUUGUGCUCAAGCGCAGCUUGCUGGACAAUAUCUUUGGCGACCAGCUGCAGCAGGUUCUGGUGAAACAUCGGGUGCUCCACGUGUUGGCAAAGCACCAGGAUUUUUCUCGCCUGCAUCCAGAGCAUCGUGAAGCAAUUGCCGGUUCUUGCCAAAUCCGGUGCCUGCCCAGAGGUUCGGAGCAAAAAUGGGAGGAUAUCCGUGUGAUCGUCGCCCUCAAUGGUGAAAUCGAACUGAAGCUGGAGACUGGACCACAGGGCUUGCUCGGUGCCGCGUCUGACUUGUUUGGCAUUCCCUAUGAGCAGUCGCUGGCUUGGUCCGAUCUUUCCCAGCUGCCGUGGUCCUUUGCACUGACUCAGGCAAGCACCAUUGCAGGUGAGAGCCCUCGCAGAUUCGAAGUUGGCUGUCUGGCAAAGAGAGGAGAUGCGGAUGACAACUCAAAUGUGUUCUUGAGACCUGCUUGCAGGGAUUUCACUUGGUCACAGGAUCUGGGAAGUAUCCUGGCCUUUGAUGAUUUUGACGGAGCUCAGGAGCAGGACAACAAGGCGAAAGGGUUUCUACUUCUCAUCGCCCAAUAUCGGGGCGUCAUAUCGUUGCGCAACUCUGCGCUGAGCAUCGGCGCCGUGAGCGUGGAGAUUGAUGGGCGCAUGAAGCGGCGGUUGGGAGAUCCAGAUUAUUUCGGUGAGAGAGCCCUCCUGGGAAGAGAGAUUCGCAGCGCAAGCAUUACGGCACUCGAGGAGAAUCUGCUGCCGUGCCAACCCUUCUUCCGUGUAGCACUUGAUCAGAGCAAGUGGCAGGACACGGAGCUUUGGAAGAUGGGGUUUGUGCGUGUCAUCGCCCGUGGAGGGUUCGGUGUUGUGAAGAUGGUCAGAGCAAAGAAGACCGGAGUGAGGUAUGCCUUGAAGUGCGUCCGAAAGCGCGACGUGGUGGAAAAGAACGUCCAGGAUGCACUCGUGUCAGAGCUCAGCAUUCUGAAGGAGGUGGAUCACCCAUUCAUUAUCAAAUUCGUCCGGUCCUUUCGAAAUGACACGUGUGUGUAUUUCCUCAUGGAGCUGGUAAGCGGCGGUGAGCUCCUGGAUGCCCUGGAUGCCCUGGAUGCCCUGG